AUGUUUAGCGUUUACAUUGUAUCAUUUGCUCAAGCAUUAGGUGUAAACAUUGCAGCUUUACCAAUCAUUUUAUUCUAUCAGGUGUUCAAAUUCCACCCCCAUGUUGGUUGGGAUUAUAAUCAUCGUUGUAGAAUUUUUGGUUUUAUAGUUGCUAAUUGGGGUAGUUCAAUUUUAGCUAUUUUAUUCUUUGUUUAUUUAACUCAAUAA